GUUCGCGCGCUUUUCUAGUACAUAUGACCUGUUUACGAACGUAAACAUUAACGUAAACGUGAUUGUUUUGUGUUACGGAUUCAUAAUUAUGGGACUCAGAUGAAACGACGACAAGAUCAACACAAGAUAAUCUGACCUGUCAACAAGAUUCAGAAUAACUUUCCAAAAUUUACAAUUCACAAAACGUCAAGAGAAUGGAAUUAUUCCACAUAGACGUGAGUAGAUACCACAGCAGACCACACGUGUGCAAGAAAUAGAAAAAAUAGUAAUAAAAAAGAAAACAGUGAUGAUCUGACAAUGGCUGGAAAUAAUGAAGAUAGAAAUAAAAACAAAAUGUGUGUCAAUACGAUAGCAAAGUUCAUACUAAUAGUUUUAAUUAGUGUUAAACAAGUACAGUGUAGUGAAGACGAUGAGAUAGCGAAACGAAUGAAGAUUAUAGAGAGUGUAUCAGGUAGAUAUUUUAGUGACGUUUAUCAGAAUGGGACAUUUAGGACUGGGAAUGUGUUGUGGGACGAUAUUUUGAACAAGUGUACUGUGACUCCAUCAGUGAGCUGUUUACAGAAGAAUGUUUACACUUACCUUGAUGAUAGGCUAGGGGUGAACGGUGAUGUGGAAGUGACUAGUGGUGUGUGCUUCAAGAAGAACAAUGUGGACAUCAACAAGUAUAGCAAGGAAGCUAAUACUAUCUACCUCACUGGCACUGAUAGUGCUGAAGAGAAGGCGAGGUAUUUGGAGGAGGAGAAUGAAGUGGAUAGUGAUGAACCAGAAUCUCCAUUUGAAGAAAUUACGGACGCUCUAUAUGACAAGAGUGUCAAGUUCCUGGUAACGCAUGACAUGAAGCUUACUCUUCCUGAGAUGUUCUUCAAAGGAGCGACGUUGAGGGUGUCCCCCAGGGCGCUGACAAAGACUGGAGCUCUGGUACAUAUAGAUCUGGAGCCACAGGAGAGCAAUGGAGAGGGGAGGUUGUUUUUUAAGAAGAUAAAAAAGUAUAUAAAGAAGAAGCUAAUUACAGCGGCCAUAGCAAUCAUCUUAGUCAUUAAACUGAUUGCAUUGAAAUUAGUCUUCGUUUUACCUCUGAUCAUGGGAGUGACGACUGCAAAGAAAAUGUUCCUCAAACUCCUGCUGUUCGUCUUCCCAGCUUUGAGUCAUAUCUUCAAGCUUUGCUCUUGGUACCACCAGAACUAUCACACGACGAAGUAUCACCAUCAUCAUCACUUGAUUACUCAUCAUCAUAAGGGACCUCAUCACCAGCCCUAUGGUGGCCAUGCAUCGCAUCCAUCAACAAUAGUGGUGCGACCUCACAGCGCUGGUCCACCUCCAGUCUCAGAACAUUUCGAGAGCGAGAACUGGCCACUUUCCGGAGCUCCACUUGGCACUGACUACAUCAUUGGUGAUAUCCAUCGAAACGCGAUAUCAAACUUCAAACCGACACUGAAUGACGCUAACGACAUAAACGCAUGGGGACUUGGCAUGCCACCAGGACCAUCGAAUGUGGGUGAGAUCGCAGCGAGUAACAACAUAGCACAAACUGUGGCAGCAUCAGCUUCUGUACCUCAAAGAGUAGUCGUUGCUAAUACCGGGAGACCUGUGGGACCGCCUAAUCCGUACUAUCGAGCAAAUAAAAAAGUAACGCAGAAAGAUCCGCUUCUAGCUGAAAAGGAGGCAUUAAUUCGAGCAGCAUCAAUAGCGGCUCGAGCACCUCCUUCUCCGGUCAGGGAUGAGAUACUAAGGGUAUCUGCAGUCAAACUGAAGGAGACUAACAGAAUAAAGGCAGAAACGGAACUGGUGAAACAACAGCAGCAGAUAUUGGCUGCACAGGAUCCAGAAACGAUAGCCGCAGAGAAGUUCUACGGAGCACUGGUGGGUUAUGUGGACGCACUGCUAGGCCAGAUGGGUGCUACCGACCUUGGCUGCAGGGAGAGAGCUGUGUGUUCCCUUUACGGUGACCCCUUCAAGCAUACGCCGUACAGUAACCUCGUUUCUGGACAUCUCAGCAAGGACUCCAAUGAGCUUGUACCAGCGGGAGACAGCAUGAUGGCCAUUAACUACUACAGAUACGUACAGGCAGCCCGUGAUGGACAGGAACAGAAGGACUGUCUCAUAUCAUAUCCAAACUGCGACAUAGACUUCAAUAAAAAUAGAAAAUGAAUUAAUUAAAAAUGAAUUAAUUAUUUAAUCAAAAUUAUUACAUUAAUUAAAACGUGUAAAAAUAAUUAAUUCACUUGACUUGACAUUAAUCUAAUUCAUGGAUUGAAUGAGAUCAAUGCACAAGAAGUUAAAGUUAAUCAAUGAAUUUACUUUGUUUCGUUUGUUGAAUGAAACAAAAAAAUACAACAUUUUAUUUCCAUGACAUGAUAAAUAAAUAUUAAAAAAAAAAAUGUCAAUGUCAAUCAAAAUAACAAGAAAAAUGUACAUAGUACAUACAUAGUUGUUAACAAAAAAGAAAAUCACACAUGAAGCUAUUCUUUUUUCACAAUGUCAAAAGGUGCUAAAUUUUAUUUAUUUUUUGUAUUUUUAAUUAGAUAGACAUAAAAUCUAAAUUAUUGUAAUUAUAAAUGAGCCAUGUUUUCUAUUUAUAUCUUAGUUAUAUAUAUUUCGUAAAACUUCGAUGUAGAUUGGAAUCUACAGAACACUAGAUCAAUGUUUAUUUUACUCAAAAAUAUCUUCUGUCUCACACUGUUACUUUUAUGUAGUAAAGGAUAGAAGACAGUUUGGGUACAUAAGUAUUAGAUGCCUGUCUUCACCAACCUUCCUUAAACUGUCAAACACCAAGCGGUCACCGGUGACCGCAACCUAUUGUUCUAUAAUUGUGUCUAUAAUGACGGUGCUCGACGAGUUAAUUUGUAAGAUACCCAAGGAGUGUAAUUCUUUGCAAGAGUCUGUAUUUUCUGAAGGGUAUACCUGGGUAUCUUCAAGGCCCGAGUGAAUAGGUUGCUUAUGGGUCGACGUGCUCCAUUGUAGGCCAAACGACGGGCCAUUAAAAAAGAUCCCUGAGUUAAUAUAGGUAUCAGUUAAUGACAUUUAGGGUUUCACCAACUUUUAAGUGACACCUAUAAAGGUAAAAAUAAGGGAGUUAGUCUACGCGUUUUGUCAACCUAAGUAACUCUUAGCUAAGAGAUUGUUAAGGGGUGGUUGGUGGUAACGGCCAUAAGUCUUCUGUAAUGUAGGUACGAAGGCAUUUAGUGCAUUUAAUUUAAUUCCUACAUUUUGCAUUUACUAUGGAGUAUAGUUCUGACAGCUACGUCCAAAACAUAGGUUUAGUAGCCACAUGUUAUUUAUUCUUAAUAUUAAGUACUAACUAACUGUAGACUGGCUUUGAUUCGAUUCAUAAUACUUUUAAAAAACCUUAAAAUAAGGUUUAAUUUACUUUAAAAAAUAUUUUUAUUAAAAAGCUAAUAUA